GCGCCAUCUGCUACCGUGAAGCACCACUCUGCUGAAAGCAACAACAGCGAUAAUCCACUAGCACAUCACACCCUUUGUGUGCAUCCCCUCUCAUCUUCAUCCUCUCACCUUUACCAUCAUGCCGCCGAAGCAGGACAACGUGCAGAAGCUGCUCGCUGCGGAGGAGAAGCGCAAUAAGCUCAUUGCGGACGCCAAGAACCGCAAACAACAGAAAGUGAAGCAGGCGAAGGCGGACGCGGAGCGCGAGGUGGCGUCCUUCCGCGAUGAGCGCGACAGGGAGUACGAGCAGUACCGCACCCAGCAGGACGGCGGCGCCGAUGCCGAGCACGCCGAGCUGGCCCGUGAGACGGACAAGGAGCUGGAGGAGCUCAAGUCAAUGACGGCACAGCGCAUGAACGCGGUAGCGGACAAGAUGGCGCAGCUGAUAGUGAAUGUGAACGAGUAA